AUGUCCGAGCCAACCGCCACACAGAAAAUCCACCACAUCAACCCCUCAGAUCUAGAGAGCUUCGUCCACCAAAUCUUAACUGCCAAUAAUGUACCCCCAGCACACGCCACCAUCGUCGCCGCUUGCCUUGUGCAAGCCGAUCUUCGCGGCGUCGACACCCACGGCUCAAACCGCAUUCCCUCAUAUAUGCAACGCAUCCGCCAGAACGUCCUCGACCCAGCGGCAUCACCUGAAAUCACCCAAAUCACACCCAUUGCAGCCCUGGUCGAUGGUAAAAACACAUUUGGCUUUGUGUCAGCGCACAUGGGUAUGAAGCGCGCUAUUGAAAUGGCGAACGAGUUCGGACUCGGUCUUGUCUCGGUCAAACACUCCAAUCAUUUCGGCAUGUCUGCUUGGCUUGUUCAACAGGCUAUUGAUGCGGGAAUGAUGUCCCUCGUCUUCACCAACUCUUCGCCCGCUUUACCCGUCUGGGGCGGCAAGGAAAAGCUUAUGGGCGUGUCCCCAAUUGCAUGCGGCGCUCCAGCAGGCAAAGAACGCCCCUUCAUCCUUGACAUGGCUCCAUCCGUUGCAGCGCGGGGCAAAAUCUACAAGGCGCUCCGCAGAGGCGAGAAUAUCCCAACAGACUGGGCUCUGGACCGUGAUGGAAAUAUCACCGACGAUCCGGCGCGCGCACUGGAAGGCGUAAUGCUUCCCAUGGGCGGUCCGAAAGGGUCUGCCCUUGCGGUAAUGAUGGACGUCUUCUCAGGUGUGUUUUCGGGCUCAGCAUUCGCCGGUCACGUUACCGGUCCUUACGACCCGAGUAAACCGGCAGAUGUCGGCCACUUUCUUUUGGCUAUCAAGCCGGAUCUAUUUGUGAGCCUAGAGGAUUUCAAAGAACGCAUGGACUAUCUCUAUCAGAGGGUGGUUGGGUGCGAAAAGAUGGGGGGCGUAGAACGGAUAUAUUACCCUGGGGAGAUUGAGCAGAUAACACGUGAGAAGAGACUGGAGGAGGGAAUUCCAUUUACCGAAAACGAGAUUGAGGGUCUUAAUAAGGAGGCAGAAAUGGUAGGAGUACCCAAGCUGAUGUAUGAUUACAGCUUGACAUGA